ACUGGUGGGAACCAAAGUCAUUUAAUAGAUAAGGUUGCCACAUUGGGAUGCCAUAUUGAUACGUCACAAGGGGCUCUCAAAUGGCGCGAAAAUUGCCCGUUUUAAAUACUCGAGUAACGCACUAAAAACGGAAACUUUUAAUCAAGUGACCGCUUCUACUUCGCAAAUUUCAAUCCUGUGUAAAGAACAAUUUAAUAAACCUCAAGAAAAAUGUUUUGCUGCCAGUAGAACUUGAAAAUAACAAAUGCGACACUAUUAACUGAUUUUUUUUAUGCAAAAAAAUCUGAAAAUCUGCAUUUACUGAUUUACUUUUUCCUUUCUAGUAAUAAUCAAAACAUUUCAUUUUAGCUUAAACACAAAUAAAUUUAAUUUAAGGCAAAAUAGGGUUACACGAGUCGCAGUACUAACACCAAACGUCAGAAUUAGCGGUACAGAUCGUACAGAUUAAAGGCAUCAGCUGAUCGGUCACACCAACUCAAAAUUACAAGUUACUAAAAAUUCCCAAGUAAUACCAACCUCAUUUUGACGUCACAUGGGGCUGACACCUCUCCUCCCCCGUAAGCGAUUUUGCCCACAUACUCGUUUAUGUGGUAACCUGUUCUCUAUUAACUAACCUUGGGUGGGAACAACACUUUUAAAUCAGUAUUUAGUGCUUUUAUUACGCCAGGACUUGGCAACACUGCGUGACAUUUAUGAAUAAUUAAGGAGUGAGGUUAGAAAGGGAUGUUUUCGUUUGUGAUGUAUUGUGUGCGUCCGUUAUUGACUAUUAAACUAUAAACUAAAUUAAACACUGUUAAAUUUACGAUUUAAAAAACCGUUAUGGCUUCAUAUUGAAGUUACGACAAAAUUCAGCAUCCCAGGAUCUAACCUAAAUUUCAAAAAUGGCUCAAAGUUCUGCUCUGGCUUCCCUAACAGCCACCUACACUGAUUCCGAAGGAGAAGAGGAAAUAAAAAAUGAAAACUUGGAUAGUCAAGGAGUUUCAGUAACAACUCCUUCAGGAUCUCCAUCUGACAACAAAUCAACAAACUCAUCCCGACCUGGAAGCCCCGCCGCAAUACGAGUCACCACAAAAGUUGCCAAGUUAGUGUCCUACCAUGAUGACACCAUUGCCUCAGAUGAAGAAGGAGAGCCAGAUGAAGCUGUUCCCCCUCAUGAAGUUAUUAUGCUGACGGAGAACGAAGACAUAAAAGAAGAAGAAGCAGAUUUACUUGACAAGGAUGGCGUCCAGAUUCCUCCAGAACCACCAGGACAUUGUUCAAUAGACUUGCAAGAUAAAAUCGGGAAAUUGUAUGAAAAAAUGCAAAACCAACAAUUAGAUAUGAAUGCGCUGAUACAGAAGAGGAAAGACUUUAGGAACCCAAGCAUUUAUGAAAAAUUAAUUCAGUUCUGUGCCAUUAAUGAACUAGGUACCAACUAUCCACCCACUAUUUAUGAUCCUCUGAAAUGGGAUAAAGAGUCGUACUAUGAAGAGUUGGCCAAAGUGCAGAAAGUAGAAAUGGAUAAAAGAGAAAAAGAACGAAAGUCGAAAGUUGAAGUGGUCUCUGGGACAAAAAAGCAAGAGGAUGAUAACAAGAAAAGGAAAAGUAAAUGGGAUCAACCAGGAGGGAACGCUUUAGGAUCUCAGAGCAUCAAACCCGCAGGACUCGUCCAACCAUCAUUAACAAGUAGUGCCACAGGUACGAAAGGGACUGUUAUAUCAGCGUUUGGUUCCUUACCAAAGAAACCUAGACCAUAAUUUAUUACUUAAUUAGAAGAUGUAAAUAUUUUUUCGUUUUUGUAAAUAUAACAUUAUAAAAUGGUGGUUUGUUAAA